CUUUUCAGCGGGAAUCGGAAUCCCAUCCCUCCCUCUUACUCUCUCUCUCUCUUUCUCUCUUGUUUAUCCACUGGCACCAUGGCCGUGGUUCUCGGAAAUUUAGCUCUGUUACUAGACUUGGCCUCGCCUCGGACCGUAACACCGGACCGCAAGACCCGUACGGUGGCGCUCGACGUAUUAUUGAACCUGCCGAAGAGAUUAGACCCUCACGCUCACUACCACGCUUCUGUUGCCUCCAAGAGCUUCGAUUCGGACGGGGAGGCUAGGAGCCAGCGCAUCGUGGCGCGCGGCAAGUCGAAUUCGAAGGUUAACGGCGUGGAUUUCGACGCGGGCUCGAGCGACGAGGAGGGGGAUCAGGAGGAGCCGUUCGAUUGGGAGAAGGAAAUGCGGAAGAGAGUGAAGGAGAUCGAGGAGAGGAGGGAGCUGGUGAAGAAAGCGGAGGAGUUGCAGAGCCAAGUGGAGGAUGGUGAUGAAGGCGAGGGCGAUGAAGAGACCGAGGAAGAGAAGAGGAUGAGAGUGAGGAAAGAGCUAGAAAAGGUGGCUAAGGAGCAGGCGGAGCGGAGAGCCACGGCACAGUUGAUGUUCGAGUUGGGCCAAAAGGCUUAUGGAAAGGGUAUGUACGGACGGGCCAUUGAGUUUCUCGAAGGUGCUCUUACUAUCAUCCCUAGGUCCACACUAUUUGGUGGUGAGAUUCAAAUAUGGCUUGCUAUGGCUUAUGAAGCCAAUAACCGCCACAGAGAUUGCAUUGCUCUUUACCGGCAAUUGGAGAGGCAGCACCCAAGUGUCAGUAUCCGACGCCAAGCUUCAGAGCUUCGCUACAUUUUGCAGGCACCCAAGCUGAAGAUUUCCCAGGAGGAGAUGGUUACCAUUCCGCUGAUAGGUUCUACUUAUGACAGCUAUGCUGGAACAUGGAGUGAUAAAUACAAGAACCGGGAUCAGAAGAGAAGUUGGUCAACAACCAAUCAGCUUCCAUCAUCCAAAGACUAUCUGGGUGACUUUCUGGUUUGGCGACCUCCUACCGGAGUGGAGAAAAGUCAAGCUUUCUGGGUUGCGUUGACAUUAUGGUUGGGCUUGGUUGGAGCUGCCCUCUUUCUACAAAGAUGAAUCAUACAUAGAUAUGUCAUUGGUAUUUGUCAAUUCAUGAUGUGUUAAGUAAAAAAUAUAGGUUGUAAUUAUGUUCUUUAUGUAACUUUAAUUUUAAUCGAGAAAAUGUUGUGUGCAUGAAGUAGAAAGAUGCAUUCAUUUCUCAGUGUUCUUCU